UCUGACGCCAUCGAAUAGUCCUACUCCAGUUAACUAGAAAACAGUUAUUUUCUACGUGAUAUAAUCUAACCCAAGUCCGCAACUAAUACAAAAUAAACAAACGUAACAUGUGAAAACGGCAACUCAUCGUAACGAAAUGAGUUCCAUAGGCGUUGUUGUCUUCCGCAAUUCGCCGCUCGGCAAGUCGCAGGUGCUCCAGGAAUCCGUGAAUAAUUCCGUGAACAUAUCGAACAAUGUAGGCAAUCAAAAUUCCACACGUGAAAUUAUUAUAGUGAGAAAGAAGCAUAAGACCCCAUCCGUGCCAACGACUGUGUCAGUGACAUCAUUAGUUCGUGCUGCUGAUACUGCCUCAUCAACAGGACCAGUGGCUAAGAAAUCGCGAUCGUGUGAAAAUGCGGAUGAAUCAGUGCGGUCACCAACUCCUCUUGCAGUAGCUCGACGAAAUGCGCGGGAACGCAACAGAGUGCGCCAAGUCAAUGAUGGAUUUGCCGCUCUCCGCCGACAUAUCCCAGAAGAAGUGGCGGCUGCCUUCGAAAAUGCUAACUCCAAUCGAGGAGCUAACAAAAAGUUGAGUAAAGUGGAAACGCUACGUAUGGCCGUUGAAUAUAUUCGAAACUUGGAGAACUUGCUGAACAUCGGUCACGACAAAGAAAACUCGUCACGACCAUCAAUGGAAUCAUUCCCGUCUCCAGCAUCAUCAUCGCCUAGAGAAAAUAGUCAAGAAAGAAGUUACUAUUCAUUGCAUUCUCCUGCAAUUGAAGAUGAGGAUAUGGAUGAAGAUGAGUUAGACGGAUCUAUGCAUAUUCCUCGACAACAAUAUAUUGAUAUACAAGCAGCAGAACAGUUCCAGUUAGUGGCCACUCCAAAUUUGUAUGAAGAAGAAGAAGGCGCUGGACAACCUCUCACUCCAUCAUCUGAUCUUCUAGGUCACGAAGAGAUCACUCCUAAUUUAUUGGAAGGACAUUUCGCAUUCCCGAAUUCAGCUGAACAAUUUACAGUGAUUCCUGAAAGACAUUAUUUGAGUGAAACUGAUGUGCCAGUGACUGAAAAUGAUUUUGAAGUGAAAUAUUCUACGAUUAUGAAUCAACAAAUGCAUCACAGUUUCACUGAAGACACUAGCCUUCCCUCGAUUGAUCCUGGACUGAUUUUGAACCAUAACGAAUAUAAAUUUAAGGCUGACAACACUUUAUUAGUUGAGGAUCAGUUUAAUGAUGACAUGGAACUGAAGAAAGAACUACCAGAUAUUCAAGUGACACCAGAAGACAGAGAACAAUUCGAAGAAACCUUGAAAUGGUGGCAGGAGAAAACUAGACAAGCUCGAUUACUGAAACAUAACAAUAAGAAUUAAUUAAGAUAUGAUUGAACGUAGUUCGCAUGUAGAUAAAUUUAAUUUUAGAUAUUUAUUGCGAUAGACGUAUGUAUAGUUUAGUAAAACAUAACAUACAGCUGUUAGUGCCAAAGUCGGUUGACGGCGCAGGCGCAAGGUGUGUUGUAACGGUCGAGAGACGAGCCUGCACUUCAAGCUUUGUACAUUGAUCGUGUUAUUUAUAUGUAAUUCUAGUAGCUUAACAUAGUUCAAUGACUUAAAUAUUCAAUGAUUGUCCAGUGUAUGGUAGAAUAGAUAAAAGCUCGCCUGAAUAGUUCAAAUAUUGUAAAUACUUACGAGUUUCCUAGGGCACCUCUUUAUACAAAUUGAAUUACUUGACUUAGUGCCUUCUAUUUUAGUAAACAUUGUGAUGUUAGAUUUUAGUUAAUUUACGAUAAUAAACAUAUCU